AUGUGAUCAAUCAAUUACCACGAAAAGGUAAGAUGGCGGCCGACAUGGUCCCCGAUAACAAGCCAUAUUUUUUCCAUGGAAAUUGACAUAUUCACAGACAGAAGAUAGAUGAGUAUAUUGUUUCAGUGAGGGUAGCAGAUUCAGGGUGUACCUACAAUUUAAAGUACAAAGAUGGAUGAGAUACCAGAAGAGUUUGGUGUGCGUCAGUGGUCCCCCUCUAUGGUGGGUACCAUGUCUGUCUUAGACCGAGGUGAUGCCCCAGCACAGCUGGUGAUUGAAAGGAAUCUAAAAGCUCAAGCUCAGCGUCAGGCUGACCAAACAAAAGAGGAACUAGAUCGCAUCACAUCUCGUGUCAACAAGACUGUUGCUGCCUUUGAACUCAAUGAAGAGAUGAUGGAUGAAAACAAAGCUGCCUACUUUGUCCCUGAUUUAUUGGAGCUUGAGAAGAUCAUUAGUGACACCAUUCAAAAGAGAAGAUAUCAGCAGCAGGUCAUGAUCUUUGUGGUUGGAUUUGAAGAAGUCACUGACCAGAGACUCAAGUUAUUAAAUCAGAUCAAUGAUUUCUUUGGAACAUACAUAAAUAGUGUGGAUGAGGAGGAAUUUAAACCCAAGAAACCUGAAGUUGACCUGGAAGAGGUAUCCAUUGCUGUGAAGGAUGCUCUAGAUACAGCGUCUAGUGCCACACAGAAACUAUCUGACAUCAAUACUGAAAUCCUAUCAUAUGUGGAGAAAAUGACAGGAGGCAAGGCUGCAUCAAAGAGUAAAAAGAAGCUUGAAAAGGCUCUACAGCAAGCCAAAGAUGAUAUCAUGAGUUUAACUGACAAAUUACAGGGGGCUCAAGCAGACAUUGAAGACAAAGAAGAUCAGAUGACAAGACUUUACAAGCAGAUUGAUUUGAAGAGCAUGGAAGUCAUGAAAUACAAGAAUGCAGCUGAACAAGCAAAGAAAAAACUUGACCAAAUCAGUGAACUGCAGUUGGAGAUUUCUGAGCGGGAUGAGGAAAUUGAGAGGUUAAACAAGGCCCUAGAUGACAGUCAGCUGAGUUUAAAACAGCUGGAGAACUCAAAAGAGAACAGCUUUGCCAGACUCAAAGCAGCAAAUGAUGAAGGAGAGAAUAAAAAUGUAAAUUUGAUUACAUAUCUUUGUAGUAGACUAGGCAGGUUUGCGGUGGGAGCUGUGUUCUUUAUCUCUAUAGUACUAGGAUCAUUUCUUUUCCUUAACAUGAAAACAAAUGUUGCAUGUCAUUAAUCUAGUUGCUGUGUUCAAUAAUGCCUUCAUUAACUGAAGUAUAUGUAAUAUAAUUAUCUGUUAAACAUGGUAGUAAUAAGUGCAAUAAUUAUGAUUAAAUGAUGAUGAUGAUACUGGCCCUAGAUCCUCCUGUUUCUAGGAACAUAAUUUUGUGUCUGCAAAUUGAUAACUAGUAAGUGAGAAAAAUAAUCAUUUAAUGUCUAAUGUAUCAUGGUGGUACAGUAUUACCCCAAAGUUACUUUAGCAAAAAUUGAAAAUGCUAACACACUUGCACAC